GAACGCCCGACCUCCGGAGGAAACAGAACUACAACUAAUAGAGAAGAAGAAGAGGAUGAUGACGAAGCGGAUUUAGCAGAAAAUUCACUUUUAAACAAGCUGAUAAGGAAGUCUCUGGUAGAAUCCAGUCAUCGGGUUGAAGUCCUGCAACGAGACCCAAGCUCCCCUCUCUUCUCAGUAAAAACGUUUGAAGAACUGCAUCUAAAGGAGGAGUUACUCCGUGGGGUUUAUGCCAUGGGUUUCAACAGACCAUCAAAGAUCCAGGAGACUGCUCUUCCUAUGAUGGUAGCCCACCCACCUCAAAAUCUUAUAGCACAAAGCCAGUCAGGGACCGGGAAAACUGCAGCUUUUGUCCUGGCCAUGCUAAGCAGAGUUAAUGCAGCUGUGAAAUAUCCACAGUGUCUUUGCUUAGCUCCAACCUUUGAGUUGGCUCUGCAGACUGGACGAGUGGUUGAACAGAUGGGAAAAUUCUGUGCUGAUGUCAGAGUUUCAUAUGCUGUCCGAGGAAACAAAGUUCCAAGAGGUGCCGUCAUCGAAGAACAGAUAGUAAUAGGAACUCCAGGGACUACCCUAGACUGGUGUUUCAAACUGAGGUUGAUGGAUCUGAAGAAGAUUUCUGUGUUUGUGCUGGAUGAAGCAGAUGUCAUGAUUAACACCCAGGGUUUCUCAGACCAGAGUAUCCGUGUUCAGAGAGCUUUAUCACAGGAUUGUCAGAUGCUCCUCUUCUCAGCAACCUUUGAGGAUGCAGUGUGGCGAUUUGCUGAACGCAUUGUCCCUGAUCCUAAUGUAAUAAAACUCCGCAGAGAGGAGCUGACGUUAAAUAAUAUCAGGCAGUAUUAUUUUCUGUGUGAGAAUAAUAGCGAGAAAUACAAAGCUCUCUGUAAUGUCUACGGCAGCAUCACUGUGGGCCAAGCUAUAGUCUUCUGCCAGACUCGUAGAAAUGCGAAAUGGCUCUCUCUGCAAAUGAUUCAUGAUGGGCACCAAGUAGCCAUGCUGAGUGGGGAGCUGACAGUUGAGCAGCGGGCAGCUAUAAUCCAAAGAUUUCGUGAUGGAAAAGAGAAGGUCCUUAUCACUACGAAUGUCUGUGCUAGAGGUAUUGAUGUGAUACAAGUCACAAUUGUGGUGAAUUUCAAUCUCCCUACAAACCAGUUGCAGCAUCCAGAUUUUGAGACCUACCUCCACCGCAUUGGGCGGGCAGGUCGUUUUGGGAAGAAGGGCCUGGCUUUCAACAUGAUUGAAAGAUAUAACUUGUCUUUGCUACACAGGAUUGAAGAGCACUUCCAAACCAAGAUUAAGAAACUGGACCCAGAUGACAUGGAUGAGCUCGAGAAGAUUGAAUAUUAAGUGUGAACUACAGGAACCCAUGAUAAAAGGGCAGUUUACAUGUUAAAAAAAAUUCAGUGGUUUAAUCUCUACCCACAUUACAGUUACCAGCAUAUUUAAUGUGUCUGAGAAUAUUUAGGAAAAUAAAAAAAUAAUAUGACCCA